AAUCAGGCAUAUGCGUGAACCGCUGUCAGUAUUGUGUUACUCAUCCUGAGUGUGAGUUUAGCCAGCUGUCAGCUCGUGCUGCUGCUCUAACACACCUGUUUUAUGACGUUUUUAUCUUACAGAUAGUUCACAACAAAGGCUUCGGUUGUCAAAAUGCCCAGAGGAGGUAAGAAGAACUGUCAAAACUGUUUUAUUAAACUAACUGUGUUCUUUUUGUACAUCUGAUAGUCCGCUGUUAGCCACUCAGCGACCCUCUACACUGUAGGCAACACACCUCAGCGCGAGGGGAAACUAAUUCACACACCUUUACUCUGAACAUUAAAACGGUUGACAUCAUUUGAAUGAGCUGCCCUACCUCUGAUAGCACCUGCCUGACUGUUAGUGGUCCCUCUCGGCUGCCGUACAAUCUGGGUGUGAUGUCAUGUUUUGUUUUGCUCACCUGUGCAGGUAGGAAAGGUGGCCACAAGGGUCGUGUGCGGACCUACACGAGCCCUGAGGAGAUAGACGCUCAGAUGAAGGAAGAGAAGGAGAGGAAAAAGGUUGGUUUUACCUCAGUUACUUAAAAUUUACCCGUAGACUAACUUUACUUCAUGGCUGAUACAUCCAGCUGUAAUAACAGUCUAACCACUGACAGAAGAGGUGAAUAUCAUUUAUUUUUAUGACACUCUCAUGUAAUGGUAUCUAUGUUCUGCAGUGGUCGAAACCAGGGGGUUAAAAUAGGACCAAAAUAUUUGACCUAAAGCGCCUAUGAGGAGGUUUUUUUUUUCUUGCAUAAAGUAGACCAAAAUUCACAUUGAUUCCUUUUCAUGAUAAAAGGAAACAAGACCAAGUUAACAUGGAAACAACACAUUGAAUACAUCAAAGGGAACAUUUCAAAAUCCCUUGCAAUCCUGUACAAAUCGAGAAAAGUAUUGAAUUCCAAGGCUUUGCAUUUGAUUUACUACUCAUUGAUUAGUCCCUAUGUAUCUUACUGUGUGGAGCUGUGGGGAUCCACCUUUAAAACCACUAUAAUUGCAAUUAUAAAACAGCAAAAACAAGCUAUACGUAUUAUCAGUAAGACAGAUUACUAUGAUCACACGGAGCCACUUUUUCUAAAUUCUCAUGUUAUGAAAUUUUAUGAUCUGUUUUAUUAUAAAAUAAUGCAAAUAAUGUUUAGAGCAAAAUCAAAAAUGCUCCCUGACUCAAUACAGAGGUUCUUUUCAAUUCAGGACAGUCUGUAUAAUCUCAGAGGCGCUUGCAAAUUUACUGUACAAAAAGCUAAAAAAGGUAUGAAAAGGAGAUGUGUCUCCGUUAUUGGAGUUAAAUUCUGGAAUAAUGCCAACAUAAAUCUAAAAACAUAUCAGUCCUUUUUGGUUUUUAAGAAAAUGGUUUGUAAAGCUAUAUUUGAAGCUUAUAGGUGCGAUUGAUUACCUGUUGUUGUGGUUUCUUUGCUUUUCUGGAGGUCGGUAGCCUAAAAAGUUGACAACACAGGAUAGGCUUUUAUAAGCAGUCUGCUUCUGCCUAUGCCUUCUCAGUCAAUGUUCAACACAUGAUUCUUGAUUUAGUGAUUUUGUGUGAAAUGUCAAUAUUGUGUGCAAUAUUUGGUGUUGUCAUGACUGAAUAAACAACUACAACUGCUAUUACUACUACUACUACUACUACCAUUAGGGAUGAGAUUCACCCUACUUAAAGGGAGAUUCCGGCGUAAAAUUAAGUAAGGGUCAAAGACACCGUAACACCAAGUUAGACACCCCGUCGAGAGAUGAAUGUUGUUACUCUAUGAUUCCCUCCUGUGAUUGGUCUGCCUGUUGUUAAUGUUUGUGUUGUAGCACGAGCAGGAGCAGGAUGAGGCGGGUGCAGCUCAGACUGAAUUACCAGAGGAGAAGCUUCCGGGGUCGGGAUCAGAGGACAGCGAUGACGAAAACUCCUCAGUAAUCAUGAACUGUUUCUUUCAUUCACUUAGCAGCCAUGCAUUUAGAGAUAAUAAAAUAUCUAUUAUUAGUGUUUAAUGUUGUGUUUCUUAUGAUCAUGACUAACUACUUAUUUAUCACCAUUGUAUGCUCUCUGCUUAUUCCACAUGUGCUGUUGUUUUUGCAGAGGAGGAGACAAGGCGUGGAGGGCUUGAUUGAAAUCGAAAACCCAAACAGAGUUGCUCAAAAGUCCAAGAAGGUGACCCAGAUCGAGAUUGAUGAGCCCAAGCAAUUAUCAAGGAGAGAGAGGUGUGUGGUAAAUAUCUGAAUGAAUGACUUAAAUGUAUUAAAUACCAAAUAGCCACUCAACACAUUUAAUCUGUAUUAUUUUAGUAAAACAUAUUUUAUUUUUUCAGGUUGUUUGGAGUAGUGUGUAGAAGAAAUUUGCAUGAUUUUCAAUUAAAAAUAGGCUUCAUAUCUUUUGCAAGCAAACGCUACAUUUCAACUCUUGUGAGAUUGGGUUGUACAACAUAAACGACAUCAUCUGAAAGUGGCGGACAGAGUGUAAAUAAUCUCUAAAAGGCUGAUAAAUUUUCUCCAGUUUCGUCCUUAAAUUCUUGUUAAUGCUGAAUUUAAUUGAACCCCCAUUUAACGAUCUUUGACUGUCAUAUCUCCACUUUGACGCACACUCACACACUUUGACAGGGAGGAGAUUGAAAAGCAGAAAGCGAAGGAGCGCUACAUGAAGAUGCACUUGGCAGGGAAGACGGAUCAGGCUAAAGCCGACCUUGCUCGACUCGCCAUCAUCAGGAAACAGAGAGAAGAAGCGGCAAAAAAGAAGGAGGAGGAGAAAAAAGGUAAAACACAUGCAACAGGGUUGAAAUUAUUACAUAUAUUCUAUUGGUUAGAAUUUAUUAAACAGCAGCCUCUAUCACUAAACGCUCUAACCAACAAAAUAACUACGCAUUACUUUUUUGAACUGCAUGUUUCCUCACCACACUUGAGUUGGUUUUUGUUCUGUUCAAUAUUUUUUUAAUUGUGUGUCUUUACAAGAGAGAAUAUGAUUAAUUGGCUUGGUUAAUGUUAUUUUGUAAUAAUAGGCAUCAUAUCGGCAUCAACUCUCACAAGUUCAAAAUCACAAAUAUCUUUUGAAAACACAUUUUUCUUAUCCCUGAUAACAGCAAAUCAAAUCAAAAUCUGUCACUGGUCAGGUUUCAUUGUGAAUUCUGUUAAGAUGAGUAGAUUAAUACUUAUUAAUUAAAGACUCUGAUAGAAAUACUAGCCUACCAUAAAUCACUUCCUAUUUUUGUAUUCUUUUAUUUGAACUGCGGUCUUUGACUUGUAGUUUUUAAUUUUUUUAACAAGUUAAAUUUUUUUUUAUUGAGGAAAAUAUUUUUCCAUCUGAUUUAAUUUGUAAAACUGUUUUUUACAAAAACAAAACAACAAAUGUUGAGAUAUCACCAGCUAUUGACCAACCUGCUCUAUUGUUAUCGGUCCCCACAUUUGCCAUUGAAAAACUGUGAUUAGUCAACCACUCGUCUUUUGUUCCACUUUUGAACAUGUGACACAGUAAAGUCCCAGUUUGUUUUGUUUCAAUGUAGUUUGGCAGUUGAAAUGUGAUUUUGACAUUCUGGAAUUUGACCAGAUAAAAGUGAAAGUAUGUGAAGACUGCUUUUGAUGUUGUUUAGGUUUACUGUAAAUAUCUUGUACUGAUUUGAUCAGUUGUAUUAAACUAAAUAGUUUACAAAACAGAAACCUGAGAUGAGCCAAAUGUAUUGUGACUAUAUUAUGCAGAAAUGAUAAAAAAAAGAUUUUCUUCAGCUGCUUUGCUUAAAUAUUACAAUUUAAAACACAUCGAUCCUGACACUAAUGGUUUUGAAUUUUAGUCCAGUAAAAAAAAAAUCCUCACAGGAGCUUUAAGUCAGUUAAUAAUAAUUUCUUUGACAUGGCAAAUUCUGAUGUUCGGAACCUUUUUUUCUAUUUCAGCCUUAAAAUUAAAUAUUUUGAUGCAGACUUGUUGUCCCCUCUGUAGGCAGUGUUAUCAGAGUAUGAUGUGUCGUCUGCAUUGAAGAAUUUGUUGAAAGUUCAAACUGCAGCUGCACACACUCACUUCCACGUCAGUGUUUCUGAUUGAUUUUGUUGUCUCUUUUCUUCCCUCCUCUCAGCGAAAGAUGCAGUGGCAGCAGCGGCGGCAGCAGCCAGAGGAAUAAACUCCCUCGCACUGAAAUGAUGCAGAGUAUUUAUCAGAGGCACUUGUUCAUGGACUGGUGAUCAAUCUAUAUUUGACUAUUUUUAAAGAAGGAUUUAUGAUGUUGUCAUUGCUGUAACAUAUAUGGAGAAUGAAUGAGCACACACCAGAAGAGAAGAGAGAGGUGUGUGUGUAUUCAGGUCUCGUUGAUCCCUUCAGGAAGUAAAAUAAUGAAAACAGCCGUCUUCAUAUUCACACUCAGAUCGACCCUCCUCUAACCUUGGAUUAUGUACAUGAUAUUAAUAAUGGUAAAGUAUCACUGUACAAUACCAACUUUGCUAACUAAACUUUGCCACUAUGUUAUUUUUUUGGGGAUCUUACAUUGUAAAUAACAGACUCAUGAAUAUAUGUCAGAUUAAUAUGACGAAACCAGUCACACGUCUUCAUGUCUUUCUUUGCUUUACAUGAUUUACAGCUUUAAAAAAAAACUUCAUUUAUUCCUUCUAAUCCCAGGCUGGUGUCUUUUAAAACCCUAGUUUCAGGUACCAUCUCUUUGACAUCCUCUUAGAAGCCUAGAAGCCUCUUCCACUGUUGCCAUGUAACAAAGUCAUGUUUCUCAGUUUAAAAUGAUAAAUUAUGGAACAUUUCCACAUGAUUUGAAAGUUUGAAAAGGAAAAAAAUUCCCAACAAUGUAAAAGAGAGGUGUUAUUUUUAUUUUGUCCUUAUAGAGAGAUUAACCAACAGGUGAUGUGGUGAUUUGAGUAAAUCAUGUGUCCCUCUCGCUCAAGUCUCAUGCAGCUUUUGAACAAGCCAGUCAGAGCAUCCCGCAGUCCUAUCCAGGUAUUACUGCAGCACACUCUUUGAAACUGUGCCAGUAGUAUUGACAUCCAACAUUGUAGUGGAAUAUUUUUGUAAAAUAUGAAAAAGCAAAGUACCACCUCUUGAACAAGUAAAAAUAUGCAAAUACAGUUCAAAGAAA